CAUCGCUCGUAGCCACAGCAGAGACGUCGCCGUUUGUUCGCUCGCCCUCUCUCAUUCUCAUGGAUUCCUCCGUCUCCUCUACCGAUCUCGAGUCCGGGUGCCCUCCUCCACCCGACGAUCUCCGUCCACGUCGCGCUCCGCCGUCCCAAUAUGCUCUGAGGCCUCGGAAGCCGCCCUCCUCCUCCUCCUCCUCCCCGCUCGGCCGGUUCUUCUGCGACGGGUUGGAUGACGAGCAGCCGAUCCACUUCCUCGACGCUUGCUUCCGCUGCCUCCGGCCGCUCGCCGGAAACCGAGACAUCUUCAUGUACAGAGGGGAUUUGCCGUUCUGCAGCGUGGAGUGCCGGCAGGAGCAGAUCGAGAUGGAUGAGGGAAAGGAGGUCAGGAAGAACUGGAAGCUCGCUCGCAGGCCUUCUCUCCGGCCCGUGGGAUCCAACGGCGGCGAUAGCCCGCCCAAAUCUCACAAAACCGUCGUCGCCGCCGCCAUGUGACGGCCGAUUGAGCUUGGGAUUCCUCGUAUUUAACGCCGGAGGAAGAAAUUAAGCAAAGAGUAGCGAGAUCCAAACAUCACGCACUGUGUAAUUGCUGGAAAACCCGACUUUUUUUUUCCUUCACUCUUCUUUUCGAUGUCGAUCUCGAAGUAAAUGGGAUAAAUCUGAGUUCCCUGAACCCUGAUCUCAAGGUUUUCAUGAUCGAUUUAAUUAAAGAGAAAAACAAACUUUUUUACUA